UGGAGGAGUGAGGGCUGAAGCCCAAUGAAGAGCGGCAGCUGGGCCACCACCCCCUGCCAUGUUCAGGCUAUGGCAGGAAAAGGAGGAACCACCGUUUGGGGUGGAAGAAGUGGGGAGCGAUGAGGAAGUAACCAUAAUCAUCGAGUCAGAUGAUGAGGAUGAGGAGGAAAGAACGGAGCCUCUGUCCGUCUUAUUUGAGAAGAUGGAGGACUUGCUGGAUAAGAUGGGGAGGUACCAACAGAAGUUGGUAGGCCUCUGUGAAGAAGUGAAGGGAUGGAGGUCUAACGUCCCCACAGUAUUCCUCUAUGACUCCGACCCGGAGUCAGCGCCUGGGCGACCCGGAGUAAAUGUGGUGGGGUCGUGCCCUCAACCAGGAAUGAGGGGGAGACCCCUCACUCCGCAGGCCCGGCUGGCACAGGCAGCGYGAACGAGGAAUCAAGCCAAGGCCAGUACCAGCCAAGAGCCUCCAAGGGGGGAACACGAACCAGGGAAAAGGAAAAAGGCUGUGGAAGUAGAGGACGACGAUGAUGAAGAGGAAGAGGACGAGAGGCUGCGCAGAGAAGAGGAUCAGAGAGCGGAGCAGCGGGCAAGAAAAAAGGGAACCAGGGGAGAGGCCGAACCGGUCAUACAUGACGGACCGCCCAAAAAGAAGAAAUACGCGGUCCGGUUGGAAGAGGGGUUUGACGUAGAGAAGGUGAUUGACCGGCUGCUGGAAGGGCAUAAUGACCUCAUGACCCUGAAGGAAAUCCUAGCGUCAGCCCCGCGACUCCGCGAUGAACUUAAGGGGAGGUUAUCACGGCGCCUGGUGCCCAAUGUCCAUCUGGGUACGAUCCUGCCCAAGGAGGCAGAGUGGGCAGAGUCAGGUACGAAGAUGGACUGGAAGUGUGUAGCCUGCAGUACGGUGGAUUUGAUGGUGAAGGGUUCCAAGUGCGCAGCAAUGGUGGACAUCGGGGCAGAGAUGAACAUUAUUCGGGAGGCGGACGCGAUCAGAUUCGGGCUGGAUAUAGACCGUUCUGACUGCGGUAUUCUGCAUGGAGCCAGAGCUGGGACGGCUCAAGCAGGUUCCCAAAGGCGGUACAAGACGGUAGACAAGAAGUGUCGCCCAGUACCCGUCCUCGUUACAGAGGACGAGGAAGCAUAUUACGAGAGGGAACGAGGGUUGAUUCGACGAAUCAGGGAAAGUGCUUUAGCAGGGCCAUGUCGUAUCAAUGAAGGGAACGAGAAGGAGUUGAUCAUAGGGGAGUCUGAUUUCCUGCUGCCUCGGGAGCGAACAUUGAUGGUGGAAUUAAUGAAGAGGAAGCAUCGCGCCUACGCGUUUAGUGACGAGGAGCGUGGCAGGCUGGAUGUGGACAAGAUACCUAUGAUCCGCAUCCAAACCGUGCCACACGAGCCUUGGAACAUGAGAGGGGCGCGAUAUCCCAAUCCUGACGAGGAAAGGAAGGUGGUGGAUUAUCUCGACGGCAAGAUACGUACUCACGUCGCCGACUAUUCRAGUGGACCGUAUGCGUCCCCGUGGUUCUGCUUUAUUAAGCCUAACGGGACGCUGCGGUGGGUGCAGGAUUUGCAAAGAUUGAAUGCAGUGACCGUGCGAGAUGUUGGAGGACUGCCGAAUGCAGACGUGCUGUCGGAAUCCUGUGCUGGAAGGCCUAUAAUUUCGCUUAUAGACCCUUACUCAGGAUACGAUCAGUUCCCAGUCUACCCGCCGGAUAGGCCGGUGACGGCUAUGCACACGCCGCGAGGAUUAGUCCACAUGAACGUGGCCCCACAAGGGUGGACCAACGCAGUAGCAAUGGUCCAACGGGCCAUGAUUCGGRCCAUGCAGUCAAUCAGCCCCCAUAUCACACAGCCAUACAUUGACGAUUUGACAGUGAAGGGGCCGGCGAUGAAAGAGAGCGACGAAGUCUCACCAGGGGUAAGGCGCUUUGUCUGGAAACACAUCCAGGACCUCGAAAAGGUCCUGAGCCUGCUCGAAGAGCAUAACCUCACGGCAAGCGGGGCUAAAUCCAGACACUACAUGAGGGAAGCGACGAUCUUGGGGAUCGUCUGCAAUGAGAAGGGCCGAAGGCCGGAUGUGAAGAAGACGGACAAGAUUACUGAGUGGUCAGUUCCGUUCCACUCAAUAACUGAUGUUAGAAGCUUCCUUGUUGAUGAAUUUCUGGAUCAGGAAGAAGACGUUCGUCUUCAUAUCAACAAAUGGUCGCCGCGAGUGCCCAGCUGUGUAGGCUAUCCUAUCUGGCAAGCGCCAAAGGAGUAUGAAAGGAGGAAUGAGCUAGUCCUUAAGCCCUUUGAGGAAGAAGAUCCCUGGGGUGGUAAGGAUGUUCAGUGGAUGAUGGAGCUAGCGCUGGCCAGCUCGCAUAGCCUGGUGGAGGACAUGAGAACGAUUGAGGAAGGAUCUGGCCAGGUAGAACGGCAUGAGGACCUGAUGGGAGGAAUGUAUCUACUCGUCAACACGUUAUUGCAGGAAGGCCUCGACCAAUCAGGCUCGUUGAACUCGACAGGAAAUGUGGACGGAGUGUCCGAGAGCCAGAACGACGAGUUCGAGGAAGUAGAGAUUAAGGAGGCUUUUCGUGCAAAGGAGUACGACGGGAUCUACCUAGAACUGGGGCUUCUUCUGUCAUGUGAAAUGCGGCUAAGGGAUGCAAGCGAUAGGGCUCAGAGGAUGCUGCAACGCUACUUAGUGCGAGACGGCCACCUUUUCGUGAGAAGAGAAGUGGGGAAUCCCAGGAGGGUCGUCUGCGGUAGGAAUCGUCAGAUCGACGUCGUAGCAGCACUACACGAUGGCAUUGCAGGAGGGCAUCAAGGGGUGCAAGCCACGUAUGCCAAGAUAAGUGAGCAGUACUACUGGGAUGGAAUGAUGGAUAUGGUCGGGAAAUUUUGUCGAUCCUGCGUGCCCUGCCAGGAGAGAUCCCGUUUAAGGCAGGGAGAGCCGCUGCAUCCAAGGUUAGAGCGAGAGGUGGGAGUCGUAGUGCAUCUCGAUCUGCUUUUUAUGCCACUUGGGGAUCAGGGCUAUAACUAUAUCUUCGAUACAUGCGAUAACCUGUCUGGGUUCGUAGACGGGCGUGUUAUUCGCACCAAGACCGGGUUAGUCUUAGUGAGCUGCAUCGAGGAAUAUUACCUGCGUUACCCUUUCGUCAGGGAAUUCGUAAUGGACAGGGGAUCGGAGUUUACCUGCCAAGAGGUGCAAGAAUUGUUAUCAAGGUCUGACUUUACGAAGACAGCCAUGCCAAGAGGAGGGAGGGGGACACGGCCGCCUCGGAGGCCGUUGGGAGCAUCAGGAGGAUAUGAGCGACAUGGGCCUCGCCAUCGAGAGAGUACUCCAGUAUACGAUGAUGGGGACAUCGAGCUAUUCCUGGACAGUUUUUGGGAUCAUGCGAGGCGUAUGGGCUGGACCGUGGCCCAAGCAAUCGAGGGACUGAGGGGACUCGGCAGAUUCGAGAAGCCCAUUGCGCGGAUCCGUAGAGAGGCGACGACGAGAUCAGAGGUGGAGUGGAGGAUGCAGGAUCUGCGACCCUCGCCUGUGGGACCAGAUGGCAGGCCGAUCCGUCUAGAGAUCGGAAACGUGGCAGACUUCAUCCCUGCUUUCGAGUGGUUCAUGCAGGGGCAGGGUAUACCGAGAGAUGAGUGGGCGAGGACGCUACCACUCUGGACCAGGAAGGCGGAAAGGCCGCUGGCUAGCCAAAUCAGAGACAUGGCCCGGGGCUGGGAAAGCUGCGGGGCACAUCUAAGAGAGGCCUUUCGACGGCCAGAGCCCUCCCAGCCCAGAGUCGAGAGACGUCGGAGGAGUCAGAGGUCGAGGGAUCCUGAGCCCAGGGAGGUGAGACCGUCUCGGGGAGGACGGAAGGCCCUAGCCAGGAGAGAGGAGGAGCCGGAGCGGGAGCCAGAGGUUGAAGAGCGAGGGGCAUACCCUGAGUGUGGGCUGGGACCAGUGGAGUUUCAUCGUUUUACUGAGGGUGGAUUGAGGAGGUCACCAACACACACACGGGAGGAGCCGCCAGUGUCUGAAGGGCCGUUGAGAGAGUUAGAAACGCAUCUGGAUAUCUCUCAGUGGAAAUCGUCGCCUCAGGAUGAGAAACAUGAAGAGCAAGUAGAAGGGGUGCCACGAGAGGAGGUACCACAAGAGGAGGUGCCACGAGAGGAGGUGCCACGUGAGGAGGUACCACGAGAGGAGGUGCCACGAGAGGAGGCGCAGGGUAGACAUGGGGAGACGUGCAGGGAAGGAAGUGAUAGAGGUUGGAGAGGACACACCCCCACAGGCGCCAGCAAUGGGUUUGAGACUCAUGGAUGCACCAGGGAGCGCUCGUCAGGCAGAGGAGAGAUUGCGGAGAAAGGAGGCCCCACUUCCUUCAUCAGAGAGGGCUCCAUCGCCAGAGGGGAGAGCCGGCAGGAGAAGAGAAAGGGCAGCUCCAAGGCCCCGGAGAUUCCUGAGAUGUGGAGAGACUUCUGGGAGCAGAGAGGAGAGGAACUUCCAUCGCCAGUCAAAGCCGGGUUUGGGGUGGCCAGGAAGGCGGAAGAAAGGUUAGAUCGUAAAAUCAAGUUCCUGGCCAAGACCACUUUUGACCGGCACUUGUUAUUGGAGGGCGAUCUGACAGGGAAGAAGAUGAAGGAAGCAAGYCAUGGAGUACGCCUGGAGGCUAUGGAAAUGGAAAUUCAGGAACUCAGGGCCUUGGUGGCCAGCCAGGCAGCUAUCAUCGAGAGCCUGAGGCAGCAAACCCAGGGAAGGGUGGACAGGCCAGAGAGCAGCAGGCAGGGAGAGCAGAGGCAGCUGGGACAGGGAUUGCCAGGACAACCAUCUACAGCAGAGCCUCGCCAGGAGCCACCUAUGGGGAGAUCUAUCCUGGACCCAGAGGAGUCGAGAGCCCAGAGACAGGCAGAGAGAGAGGCGUUCGAGCUUAGAGCCCCUACUGAGCUUGCGAAGCUGCCAGUGGCGGCGACAGGCCCAGUCGUACCUUUGGCAGUAGAGGAGGGGCUGCCACCAUCUAGCAGUGAGCCGGCUCGGGGCUCAACAGAGGGAUCCAUGGGCGUGCUCCUUGAGGCGGUGCAUACUAUGCAGGAGGAGGUGAGUUUGUUUUCACCUGAGCAGAGGAUAGAGGAGCCUCUUGAGAGAGAGAUAGGGAUUGAGGCGGAGAGUGUCAUAGAGAGCAGGCUCCAGAGGAUGGGCACGCCUGAGUAUGGGCCGGAGGGGAUUGAGGAGCAGCCCGUGGCAGUGCCAGGAGAGACACUCGAGAAGAAACCUCAGAGGUUGGACACACCUGAGUACGUCCCGGUAACAGGGGAUUUGAGGAGCAGACUGGGGUUUUGGGCUACAGGAUCUGGGUCUGGGGGACCGGUUCCUAGGACAGAGCAGCAGGAGGUAGUUAGUACCGCCGCUCCUCAAGCAGAGCAGCAGAGGGUUGUUAGUACCUUGGCAGGAUCUCCUUCAUCACCACCUCCUCAGCCCAGGAAGAAGAAGUUCAAGAGGAAGGUUGAUCAGCUAUGUUUCUACUGUAAGAGGAGCGUGCAUCAUGCUCUGGACUGUCUCGAGUUUCUUGAGGAUAAGGCAGCAGGGAAGGUCUCAGAGGCAGGGGGUAAGAUGUAUGAUAGACAGGGUAGGAUAGUAGAGAAGUCCGCAGAUGGACUUAGGACUCAGUUAUAUAGGCAAAACCAGGAGGAAUUGAGGAGAUAGUGUCGGUUUGUCUAUAUAGGUGGGCGAGUAUCUUGUGA